AUGGCGACAGACGAAGAGUCGUCUCUCUGGCUUGGCGAGCUAAGGGUGCAGAUCUUCGAUCCUCGCAAGGAAUCUCCAAGCACUUCGAGUGGUGAUGCCAGCGACACGCCCUCUACGGCAGGGCGAUCACAGACCUUUGUUUCGUACGGGGUCCGCGCGGAGACGAGUCUCCCGCACUUUUCUCGCUCGUACAUGGUGACACGCAAACGCUUUCAAGACUUUGUUUUUCUGCGAAAUGCCCUCGUGAAGGACUUUCCUGCGUGCACCAUCCCUCCCCUCCCGGACAAACACCGCAUUGGCUAUUUGACAGGUGAUCGAUUCAGCCCCGAGUUCAUUCAGCGGAGGAGCAUGGAGCUCCAGCUUUUCCUGGAACGUGUCUGUCGCCAUCCGACACUGCAGCGUGCCAAGAUUGUGCAGCAGUUUCUGGAAUCAAGCGAGUGGCACAUUGAUAUGCACUCGUACUCGGGGCAGUCGAUGGGCGUCAGUGCCGGGCCGCAUGUUCAGGCGCUUCCGCCACCUGCGCACCAUGGCCUCCUCGAGUCGAUGGGCGAUGUCUUUAUCAAUGCUUUUGCGCGUGUGCGCCGUCCAGACCCGAAGUUUGUGGCGGUGCGGAGCGAGCUAGAGGAGCAGGAAGAUCGCAACUUGCAGCUGGAGCGGGUGCUCCUGCGCAAUCGGACGCACGUUUCUGAUUUGAGCACAGAUUACCAUGAUAUGGGACAUGCAUUUGAGCAGCUGGCCGUCCUUGAGAGCGGCAUGGCGGGCGGCCUCCAGCGUGUCGGUGCGGCUAUGAAGUCGAUGGCCGAGCUGGAGACGCGGUUUACCUCUCAGGUGACCGACGACCUUUUGACACUCGUACAUGCCAAGCAGGCGUUUAUGCAGUCGCACAAAGCGCUAUUGAAGCAGCGCGAUGCAAAACAGCUUGAUUUUGAGGGCCUCACCGACUACUUGCACACGGCCGUGACGGAGCGUGAGCGCCUUACGGGGCUGAGCGAUGCUGAGGGUAUCUCUGAGCCCGGGGCUGUGCGCGGGACGGGUCUCCGUGGCUACGUACGUUCCACGAUGGACCGCAUGUGGGGUGUCGACGAAGAGCAGGCACGUAUUGAGCGUUUGCAGCGGCUGGACGGGCGCAUUAGUGAGCUGCAGGAGGCUGUGCAGACAGCUCACACGCAUGCCCAGGCCUUCAACGAGCAUGCGGAGCUCGAGCACCGUGUGUUUGAGCUGGGCCGUCAGCAUGAGGACCACCAGAUGCUGCGUCUUUACGUGGAAGGGCAGGUGGCCCUCCAAGAGCAGGGCCUGGCGCUUUGGGACGAGCUGCUCAAGUCUCUCGAGACGCCUUCGCAUGCCACGGACAGCGACAGGUCCGUCGAGCCAGCACCACCUACAUCCGCAUCUGUAUAG